UAAGCUCAAGAAGAGACAAAUUAUCUAAUCGUAUUUCGUCAUCGCCACCAAGGUGAAAAUGUUCGGGGCCCCAAGCGCGACACACUCUCUCUCCCUCUCCCUCUCUGUUGUGGAUAACCGUUAGUUUCUUGUGGGGAGGUUCUGCGUCGAUUUCCCGCGGGGGGGAGAGCGAACCUGUUUUAUCCUUUGAGUUCCCAUGAUCGCCUUCUUCUAUCUUGGCCGUUCACGUCUCUUCUAGAGCUUACAUCGAUGAAGGAUGUACCCAUGAGUUUUUCUGCUGCAGGGACCUGCCUUUGGUACAGAGAAGGAGAUGGGAAAUACAGAUGAAUGCCAGAAGGAUUAUUAUAAGAUUCUGGAAGUUGAUUAUGAUGCAACUCAUGAGAGCAUCAGAUUAAGUUACCGAAGGCUUGCAUUGAAAUGGCACCCUGACAAGCAUAAAGGUGAUAAGGAUGUUACAGCAAAAUUUCAAGAGAUAAAUGAAGCUUAUAGAGUUUUAAGUGAUCCAGCUAAACGCUUAGAUUAUGAUCUCAGUGGAAACUAUGACAUUGAUAAGUACUCAUUACGUGAAUAUCUCAGCCGAUUUAAGGCAAUGAUACUAACUUGCAAUGGCCUUGGCAUCGGUGAUGCUUCAACAUGGGCAUGCCAAUUAAGAGAAAAGGGAAACGUUGUUGAUCAGUGAGUCAGACCCUUCCUCUUUCAGCUUCCUCGUUCAGUCUGAUUGGUGCAAUUUAACAACAAAAGAAACAUCACAGAGGCUGGCGUUGCAACAGUUGAUGGCAUUCUUUGUUGAGGGAUCGCUUGGAUACUUCAUUCAAUUCUGUUCAUGCUUUGUUCCUCCAUCUGUUGUAUUAAGAAGUGCUGUAGGUGUUGCUUAAAAUUUGACAUUUGAACACAUUUACACUCUUUACAUGGUAAUAUAGCUGCAUAAAGUCAAUCUUUUGAUGUAGUGUAAACGUCGAUGAUAUUGUUAUACUCGAACCAUUAAUUGAAUCAUGAAGGUCCUGGAUCUCUUUAUCA